UUCAGCUUCUUUCUUCACUCAACACUGCUACUGAAACAAGAGCUAUCAGUCGCCACUGCCAAUGGCAAUAGAUUCUUUCAACUGUGGGUCGGAUUUUUCUACAUGUUACGCAUCGGAUAAUUCGUCCACGUCGUCGAUCUCCUCCGCUGGCCCCGUUGUGUCAGACGAGGAAGUAUAUGCCACCGUGGCAACUAGUGGCCCGAAGAGGCGGGCCGGGCGGAAGAAAUUCCGUGAGACGCGUCACCCCGUCUACAAGGGCGUCAGGCGGAGGAACGGGAGUAAGUGGGUAUGCGAGGUGCGCGAGCCCAACAAGAAGUCUCGGAUAUGGCUCGGGACGUAUCCGACGGCUGAGAUGGCUGCUCGGGCCCAUGAUGUUGCCGCGAUGGCGCUCAAAGGAAGAAGGGCGUGCCUCAAUUUCGCCGAUUCAGCUUGGCGUUUGCCUAUGCCAGUAUCCAGCAGUGCGAAGGACAUACAGAAGGCUGCUGCAGAGGCUGCGGAAGCUUUCCGGCCAUCUGAAUCUGAUAAUGCUUCCAACGGUGAUCUUAAUAUAAGGUCAGAGAAUCUGACGCCCUUGCUGGAGGAGAAUGUGUUUUACAUGGAUGAGGAGGUGAUCUUUGGCAUGCCAGGAUUUCUUGCAAGUAUGGCAGAGGGAUUGUUGAUUUCUCCACCUCCAUGCCUUGGAGGUGGGUCCCUCUGUGAUGACGUGGAGAUGGAAGCUGACGUGUCAUUGUGGAGCUACUCAAUUUGAUGAGGAGUCUUGUGGUGAUUGUAUAGGGA